UCGCACAAAAAUACAGAGGAGCUCAGUUUUCCCAGGACUCAGCUGAAAGGCAGACGAGCGUUGAGGCGAACCGGGCAAGGAGAAGAAAGUCGUUGAUCUGAUGGAGGGCAGGCCGCACCCGAGAGCUGUGCACAGGAGGAGGGAGACAAUCACAGCUUUGCCUCUGUACCACUAUGGAAACCUGCAGAAGAAAACCAUCAAAGAGCAGGAUUUCAGGAACUUCUACGGAGAGCUCAGAGGAUCAACACUGUUUCUGUACAACAAUGUCUCACAAGACACAUACUCAGAAAGGCUGGACCUGGGCCUGAUAAAGUCCAUGAACAUGGAGUCUCCUUAUAAAAAAAAAGUGCCAACCAUUUUCACCUUAAGCUUUCCCCUGGAGGAGGUGCAGCUAAAGGUAGAUAAUGUUGACACAGGAGCGGAAUGGAGAGGCUACCUUAUGACUCUGGUUAAUAAGGAGAUUCCCUCAGACCUUCAGAUGCUGCCUGGUCAGAAAAUGAAGCUGGAGGAGAUGCUGGUUCAGGAAAAGAAAAGAAACCCUCAGCUGCAGCGCCCUGCUCUUCCACCCCGACCGGGCUUCCUGCAGACCAAAGAUAUUCCUGACAUGCCUGCUUGUUAUUUCGACGUGACCCGACAGGAGGCUGAAAAGCUCCUCAGUGAGAACCCGGAACAUGGAGACAUCAUCCUCCGCCCGUCCACCAUGCCCAAGAACUACGCCCUGACGCUCAGACAGAAGACAGACAGAGGGCAUGUCCUGAAGAACUACAGGGUGACCUCCACCAGCACUGGCUUUGUGAUCGAACUUGAGACUCCAAUGACAGUCCGCUCACUGAAUGAUGUACUGAAGUACUUCCUGGAGAAGACAGAGUAUCGUCUCCGUCCCUACGUUGUGGCUCAACCCUACGACACUCGGAUUGUAGUGGCUCCUCCCCCAAAAUGUGCCAACAUGCCACCGCCUGCUGUCCCCAAAGCUCAGGUGGCCCCCAUGCAGCGAUCCCAGUCCAAAGACAAGCGUCUUCCACCCGUCCUCAAGCCUGAUGAGGGAGAAUAUGUGUUACCAGAAGAUCCCAUGAUGGACGAUCAACUGAUGAAGAAAGCUCAGGUGGCUGAUGAGCUCCAGGCAAUUUUGCAAAAGAGAAAGGAAAACCUCUACAUGGAAACUGGAAAGGACCAAGACUGCACGUACCAGAAUGAAGAAGGUGAAAAAUUCAAAUCAAAGGUCCAGUGGACAACCAACGUCUCCAUGCCAUGAACUUUAACUUCCUGCCUAAUAUGUGGCUCAAAGAUUACAGGUUUUACUGAGUUCUGCCACCAGAAUCCAUUUUUUUUUUCCUAUGGGGAUAUUAAAUGUGUACAAAAGUUAAAUCAAACAUAUAUCAGUUCUUAGUUAAUUAUCAGAGAGGCAGAAGUGUGUGGGAACCAUUGAAUUCAUUUCUUUCAACUCUGUCCAGAGUUAAAAACAGAAAGCAAACAUAUAAACAGAAGUUUGGGGGAUUUAUUUCCAAAGAAAGUCACUUUGAUGACAAAGAUUUAAAACAAGCUACUUGUUUUAAAUAAAGGAAAUAGUGCAACGUGAUUUUUUUCCAAGUUAGGGGGAUUUGGUCAAACACUAUAGAAGUUUCAAGUUACACCUGCAAUCUACAGUCAGAAACCAGUGAAGGAGUAACAAUAUUUGCUAAAAAAAAAAGUAAUAUAAAAUUUGGUGCUUCUGAUGUUUUUGGAUAGAAACUUUAACUUCACAACAAACUAAGAAAGACUGUAUGUUUUAUUGUAAAAGUUGUUAAUAUUCAACUUAUUUGUUGUAUUUUAUCAAUGCACAUAAAGCUGAUAAUGUCUGGAUUCGAUGCCAUUUCAUUAAGAAAAGCGUCUUGUGUCAAAAUGACUAAAAAUCUGACAAGCUAAUUGUAGAAGACUGAAAUAGCAAAGGAAAAAAAAGUUAUUUUAAGAAAGUUUCUAAAUCUAGGGUUUUUGCACCACCAGCCCUCCAUACAUUUGUAGCUUUAUGAUAAAGUAGUAUUUUCUGAAAUGGUCCCCUUGUGUCAUGAAGGGAUUGUCGGCUAGCAGUACCUACACUGAGCUCAAGACUGUCUGCGACCAGAACACGGGCGACCCAAACUUCAACAAACCCCAGAGAACCCAGCUCUUCUGAGAAUCUCCCCCUGCACUACACUUUCUCUUUCUACACCAUCACAUCUGACAGAACCUGCCUGGUGCUCUUCCCUCCACCAUAUGUGUCUACAUAUAUAUGUGUAUAUAUAUAUUCUCUAUAUAUUCUAGCCUUCUGUUAGUCGAUCAUUACUGUUAAUUGGCUACUAACAGCCUGUUAGCUUUGAUAUUAGCUGUUUUAUGUUAUAGCCUCAUUUGACUUCUGCCAAAUGCAUUUAUAUAAAGUGUGAUUUUGUUUCACAACUCACUGUUGACACAGAGAGAGAGAGACUUUCACAUGUGAGAAAGCCAUGUUACUGUGAACAUUCGGCAGAUUUUCUGUUUAGAAAGUUUCAGUUUUGGCUAAAUAUACUUUUUUCAUUAUUGUUAUUGUGACAAUGUCCAAUGCAAAAUAAUUCCAUAAUGAAGAUGUAAACAUGUAAAAUAUUUUAAUGCAAGUUGAAGACAGAAUAAUAAUCCAAGAUUAUCUUUUAUUUUUUAUUUUUCCACACUUAGGAGUAAUCCAACAUAAAUGCUUAGAAGUUUUUUUUUUAUUCCAUUAUGUUUUACUGUAUUUUUUUUUCAGUGUAGUGGAUCAUAUAAGCUUAAGGAUCAUUCAUCACUCAAAAACAGCAAGACUGUGAAAAAUAUUCAAUAAAAAAAGAAAGAAGCUC